AUGCCGGAGUUGUGCGAUGAGCGUCUUGACGAACUCUUGAAACAAGCGGCCAGCCGGCUACUGACGAAGAAGUCGUCACAGCCGAAGGAUUGCAGCUUGAUCGCGGUCGCUUCAACCGAGCCAACCGCGGAGCACCAGGGCCAGCCAACGGUACGAGACCAGAAGAGCCUCACGCUUCGCGAUCCUAGGCCGACAGAAGAGAAGAAUCUUGACAACGCUGGGCCUCGUUGGUUUGGCAUCCCUAAGACGGACCCCAAUGAUCCAGAACUCAAGCGGGAUUUACAAAUCCUGCAUAUGAGAGGAACUGCCAUUGACCCGAAACGACACUACAAGAAAGAGUCUCUGAAGGCCAAAGUGCCUCGUUAUGCUCACAUUGGACGUAUCGUCGAAGGGCCGACCGAGUUUUACAGCGCACGCCUGACCCGCAAGGAGAGAAAGCAGACACUAGUAGAUGAAUUGUUGAGUGCUGAAAAGGCCUCUGGCAAGUUCAGGUCCAAGUACGAGGGCAUCCAGCAGAAGAAAGCGAGCGGCAAGAAGGCCUUCUACAAGAAACUGGUAGAACAACGUCGCCGUGGCGGACGGUAA